AUGGCCUUCCUCAUCCUAGUGAUCGGGGAUCUCCACAUUCCCGACCGCGCUCUCGACAUACCGCAAAAGUUUAAGAAACUCCUUUCGCCGGGAAAGAUCGGACAGACGCUAUGUCUAGGCAAUCUGACGGAUAAGCACACGUACGAGUACCUACGCUCGAUUGCGCCGGACCUGAAAAUCGUCAAGGGCCGCUUCGACGUGGAAGCGACAUCACUACCGCUGUAUCAAAUCGUAACACACGGAUCGCUGCGCAUCGGUUUCAUCGAAGGAUUUACACUAGUAUCGACCGAACCAGACUUGCUACUCGCCGAGGCUAAUAAGUUAGACGUGGAUGUGCUGUGUUGGGGUGGAACCCACCGCUUCGACGCCUUCGAGUAUAUGGACAAGUUCUUCGUGAACCCGGGCAGUGCUACGGGGGCAUUUACGACAGGGUGGACGAAAGAAGGAGAGGAUAUGGUGCCUAGUUUCUGCUUGAUGGAUGUCCAAGGUAUAUCACUCACCCUCUACGUCUACCAGCUCCGCAAAGAUGAAAACGGAGUGGAAAACGUCGCCGUAGAGAAAGUAACAUACACAAAACCUGUAGAGCCAACGACAGGCGGGUCAUCGUAA